AUGGCUCACCUUACUUGUACACAUAUCAAGAAGGAUGGUACUGUCUGUGGAAAUAAUUCCUGGCAUCCUACAGAGUGUAGAUUUUAUUCACUAAAUUAUCAAAUGAAGCAGAAGUAUGAGGCUGAGGCCCUUCAACCCAAAAUCACUGAAGCUUCAAUUUCUGAGUCAGAUGAUAGUAGUGCUUUGAUUCAUGAACACUUGUUUCUCACUUCUUUACAACUAUUUGCAGACUUGUUAAGAAGAAAUUUAACAGAUUUGAUCCUGAUCAAAAUACUAGAUGAUAGGGUUGUAAUUAAAAGCUCAGCUCCAGAAUUUAUGAAGCUUCCAUUUCUGAGUUAG